UCAUUUACUUCCUGUUUACGUUUCCACAAAUGACGUCAUGCGGAUAACGUUUCACAAACUGUUUCAAAACCGAAACAGCGGAUAACUUGAGGAACAACUCUUGAAUAUUCUUGUGACUGCGGGACUACAAUAGCGUCUAUCUUACAUACAUACCGGGACAUCGUGGAGAGUCAACCACCUAGCUACGUUUUCAUUUGUUCUGCUCAUCUUUGAGGACCCGAAGGAAGCUAGCCGGGCUGCUAAGUGAAGCUAACGCUAAGGAGGUAGCUGGGAGCUAGCUAGCUAACGCUAGCCAGUUAGCAACAUUAACUCAACAGGACGUCAUCUUCAAACAGAGUGCUCGACAUCUGUUAGCAUGGAGAAUAAAUAUAACCUCAAGAGUCCAGCGGUAAAGAGGCUGAUGAAAGAGGCUGCCGAACUGAGGGAUCCCACAGAGCACUACCACGCCCAGCCACUGGAGGACAACCUCUUUGAAUGGCACUUCUCCGUACGUGGGCCCCCCGAUUCCGAUUUUGAUGGUGGGGUUUACCACGGCAGGAUCGUGCUUCCCCCAGAAUACCCAAUGAAGCCCCCUAGCAUCAUCCUACUCACGCCGAACGGAAGAUUUGAAGUUGGAAAGAAAAUUUGUUUGAGCAUCUCUGGCCACCAUCCGGAGACCUGGCAGCCCUCUUGGAGCAUCCGAACCGCCCUAAUAGCUAUAAUCGGAUUCAUGCCAACAAAAGGAGAGGGGGCGAUCGGAUCUCUUGAUUAUACUCCAGAAGAGAGGAAGGCCCUUGCCAAAAAGUCCCAGGACUUCUGCUGCGAGGCGUGUGGCUGCUCCAUGCGCUCUGCCCUCCUGGCUCUGACCCCCAACAGCAACCCCAGCGCAGAGGACCACAAGGCUAAAGAGCUGGCCCAGCAAAUCAACUUCAAGGAAGAGUCCAGUUCAUCCAGACAGGCAAGUGAGAGCGGGGGUGCAGAAAGCGAGCCUGCUACACUCACCCAGGAAGACAGCUCCACGUCUGCAGGCCAGGAAGCUUCUGAAGAGCCCCAGGCUGAGCAGGCAGAGGCGCCUCCAGCCACAGGUAUAGAUGGACCCCAGCCCCCUGCGGCCCCCAUCCCCGGCCGCCCUCUCAGCCCCCGGCAGCGUCGUGCCCAGCAGCGCAGCCAGCAGGGCCAGAGAGACGGCAGGGACCCGGCCAGCAGGCCGGUCUUCGGCCCGACUCCUCGCCAGCCUCGGGAUGAGAGCCGCGCGGGCUCCGUGGCCCUCAUCGUGGUGCUCACUUUGGCCCUGGCCGCGCUCAUCUUCCGCAGGAUCUACCUGGCUCACGAGUACAAGUUCGACUACGAGCUGUGACCACACACCUGGCCCUCCCUCCUCCUCACGCUCAAGUCACCCC